AUGUACGGCGUGUGCGAUGGGCACGGCCCCUUCGGUCACCUGGUGUCUUUUCGCCUGGUGCAGACAAUCCCGUACUUCUUGACGAACAGCGAGCACUUCGGCAAAAACUGGGAGGAAGCCUUGAAAGAAGCCUUCGGCAAAUCUCAGGAGGACUUGGAGAACUUCUGUCGCGAGCAGAAUAUCAACAUUGAGGCCUCUGGUGCUGCAGGUUCCUGCCUUGUGCUGGAAGAGCAGACU